UUUCGGUCGAGGAACGUCACCUGCAUCUGUGAGGUGUUCCGAAGCCAGGGAAGAGAUGACCGGCCAGACGGAGGCUGAUAUACCUGAAACAGGAGCAGUCUUCACCUUUGGGAAGAGCAAGUUUGCUGAUAAUGUGCCCAGUAAAUUCUGGCUGAAGAAUGACCAUCCAGAGGAAAUCUCAUGUGGGGGGGAUCACACUGCUGUCAUAACAGGCCAUGGCAGGCUGUUCAUGUUUGGAAGUAAUACCUGGGGUCAGCUAGGACUGGGGUCAGAGAUCAAUGUCAACAUCAACAAGCCCACCGCUGUGAAAGCGUUGAAGUCUGAAAAAGUUAAGUUUGCGUCAUGUGGGAGAGACCACACAAUAGUGUGCACAUGGAGUGGGCGUGUUUAUGGUGCUGGCAGUAACCAGGAGGGGCAGCUUGGUUUGGGACACUGUGACGACACAAACACCUUCCACCUGCUUCAUCCUUUCUCUGACCAUGCACCAAUCAAAAUGCUUGCUGCUGGCUGCAACACCUCAGCUGCCCUGACUGAGGACGGCAGGCUGUUCAUGUGGGGUGAUAACUCUGUGGGCCAGAUCGGUCUGGGCACAGAGAGCUACGCCUCAGAGCCUAGAGAUGUGAUGGUGGGACAGCCAGUGGCCUGGGUGUCUUGUGGAUACCACCACUCAGCGUUUGUCACAGUGGAUGGGGACCUCUACACCUUUGGGGAGAGUGGGAGCGGAAGGCUGGGUGUAUUCCCAGACCAGCUAGCCAAUCACAGAGUCCCUCAGUGGGUGGAAAGCAUCCAGGACCCGGUCAUCCAAGUGUCCUGUGGAGGGGAGCACACAGUGGCACUCACAAAGGACAAUGUGUACGCGUUUGGGCGGGGGCAGCAUGGGCAGCUAGGCCAUGGGACCUUCCUGUUCGAGGUACCUUUGCCAAAAGCACUGGACCACUUCCGGAAUGGCAGAGUCAGUCACGUAAGCUGUGGAGAGAACCACACUGCAGUGAUCACAGACAGUGGGAUUCUGUACACCUUUGGGGACGGUCGCCAGGGUAAACUAGGACUGGGGGAAGAGAACUUCACCAACCAGUUCAGACCAACACUGUGCCCACGCUUCCUCAAAUACAGUGUCCAGUCAGUGGCAUGUGGCGGCUCUCACAUGCUGGUGCUGGCUAUGCCCAGACUCCCAGAGGUUGAGGAAGUGGUGAUAGAGGAGGAUGAUGUUACAGAGAGCAUUCUGGAGUCUCUGGAGACCUACACCGAGCUGCUCCUGAUGGACCCCUCCUUCCUGAUGCCCAACCCACAGACCACACCUCUGUGGACCCUGUCUGCUAGGGCCCGCCGCAGGGAGAGGGAGAGUUCUCCAGAGCAGUUUGGCCAGAUGUUCCGUAACCUUCCGCCUCUGAUGUCCGGCUUCCUCAACGCCUCCCUGCCCCUGUCCAGAAAUAUCCGCAUCUCCAGAUCACCAUCUGAAGACCCCUGCAUCUCCUCACUGUCCUCCAAUCCCUCCUCAAACGACCCCCCCAGCCCCUCUCUGUCCCUUAAAUCCAGAUCCAAAACCCCAUUAACACCGUCACCCAAGUUCAUAUUCCCAGACCCUCCUAGCCCUUCACUCUCCUCUAAGUUCUCCCCUAAGAAGAGACCCAGCCCAUCAAAAUCACCCAAAUAUGCAUCUAAAGAACGCCUCACCCACUCACAGUCCUUUAAAUCCACACAUAAACUCAUCCCCACCCCCUCAAUGUCCCCUAAACCCUCCUCUGUAAAGCCCACAGAUGACAACCAAUCCCCCAAAACGCUGUCUGAGGGUCCCACCACACCACAGACAGACAGGACCAAGGACACUGUGACAGAAGCAACUGACAGCCGGAUGCUCAUUGAGAAUUUGGAGAAGAACAUGGAUGUCAUGGAUGAAGAGGACAAUAAAGACAUGUUGCCAGACCUGGCAUUACCAUCAGGAGGCGAUUUUGGCAAUGAGACUGGGACUACAUCUGCAGAACAGAAGGAUAAGGGACAUAAAAAGGGUCGGGCUCUGAGGAGAGCUGUUAAGGAGGCAGAAAUGGAGGUUGAACAAGCCCUGGCCAACAGGAAGCCGCAGCUACUUUCCCAUAAGGCCCUUCCCACCGAGCUUCUGAGAGGCUCCAGCUUGAGUUCGUUAAAGGCAGAGGGCACACCCCCAAAGAGCCCCAAAUGCUUAAUGAACCCUCAGACACCAGCCAGCGGCAAGGAAAACAUUGCUUUGACAGCAGAAAAGGCUGGCAUCAAAGUGAACACCAGUAAACUGACGGGUAGUAAUCUGCAAAGCACAGGUAAAGCAGGGUCUAAGCCAAUUUCACCAGCAAAGAAACAAAGCAAGUCAUUCGUAUCGAAACCUAGCACUCCUGAACACAGCCAGAUCCAGAUAUCUGUGUCUAAACCCAGUACUCCAAAACAUGGUCAAAACAAACUGUCUGAAUCUAAACCCAGCACUCCAAAACAUGGUCAAAACAAACUGUCUGAAUCUAAACCCAGCACUCCAAAACAUGGUCAAAGUAAGCUGUCAGAAUCUAAACCCAGCACUCCAAAACAUGGUCAAAGUAAGCUGUCUGAAUCUAAACCCAGCACUCCAAAACAUGGUCAAAGUAAGCUGUCUGAAUCUAAACCCAGCACUCCAAAACAUGGUCAAAGUAAGCUGUCUGAGGUGAAUAAAGGUACAGAGAUUAAAGGUAAAGGCCCUGUAAAAGUUCAAGGUAAGGAGGUUGAGGCGUCCAAAGACAAUAAAUCUAAAAUUGCAGAGGAAGAUACUAAAACAAUUGAAGUUCAAAAUAAACCACUUCAAGAGAUCAUGUCCCCUCCAGUCAAAGUUAAAGGUAAACCUGUGGAAAAGGAAACAACUCCAAAUAAGGCUAUUGCUGAAACCACUCCUUUGAAAGUAAAGAGCAUUACCAAGAAGAUUGUAGAUGAUAACAAACCUUCUGAAGGUAAAGGCACUCCAAUAAAGGGAAAAAAGAAGGCAAAAGAGGUGAAUGAAGAGAAGAUGGAAGAGUCUAUUACUUUCAACGAGUCAGGGACAACAGUGGGGAACAAAAUGGCAGUUAAAGAUAAAGGCAAAGCCAAAGAAAAAGAAAGUGCACCCACCAAAACAAAAAAUGUGCCCAAACGUAAAGAUGUUGAAGCGAAACUAACUGAGUUAGAGGGAGCCCCAGUGAAACUGAAAAGCAAGCCGACAGAGGUUUCCAGCCAUGCAGUCUUAGUAGAACCUACCUCAAAGGCCAAAUCACCAGUCACAUCACUCUCAUUAUCAGAUGCACUACCUCAAAAUGCUGGAGAUAAGAAGUCAACAAAGUCACUGGUUGUCUGUCAGGUCAGGGAUAGAGUGGAGGUCACAGGGGAAGAUGCCUUUGAUGAAUCCCAGGAGGGGAAGCCUAGCUGGGGAGGAUUUCUCAGCGAUGCAGCCUCUCUCCUUCCAGAUGUGGGGAUGGCAGGGGCAGCCAUGGGGGUCCUGAGUGAGGCGGUGACGAGCGUGAAGGGGAUUCAGUCGGAGAGUGACACAGACACUUCUAUCCCUCCUCGGCGGUCCAGCCGGGUAGAGCGGUUCACCAAACAGAGCGCCAUCACCCAGCCUUCCUCCACAUCACCCUCUUCUUCAACAUCAGAUCCAAGCACAGCUGAGCAAAGCAAGAGGACCAAUGCCCGCAUCAGCACCCUCUGGAAUUCUGAUCAGGAAGUGGGGAGCAGGAGUUUUGAGAAGGACCCAGAAACCACAGAGGCUGCUAGCGAGAGGUCAGAAGGUCAGGCCAAGGUCGAUUAUGAUGAGAACUCUAGUAGUCAAAGUUCGGGAGCUGAGGAUGAUGAAGAUAAAGAGUCCACAAAGAGACAUGGAGAUGGGACAGAAAUGGAGAGCACCCAACAAGAGGAAAAAGAGGAUGACAGAAAUGUUAAGGGUCUGGAAGAUAACAGUGAAGACAGUGAUACUGUGGCCAGCAGAGAGGGAGAGGAAGGUAGAGAAGAAAAGAGUGAAGACAGCGAGGGCGCGGAAGAGGAAAAGAGUGAAGAGAGUGAGGGCGCGGUAGCAGAAGAAAAGAGUGAAGAGAGCGAGGGCGUGGAGGCAGAAGAAAAGAGUGAAGAGAGCGAGGGCGCGGAGGCAGAAGAAAAGAGUGACGACAGCGAGGGCGCAGAGGCAGAAGAAAAGAGUGAAGAGGACGUGGAGGCGGAGGCGGAAGAAGAAGAAAAGAGUAAUAGUGUGGGGACAGGAGAGGGGGCGGAGGAAGACGAGAGGUGUGAGAGUGAGGGGACAGGAGAGUGGGAACAGGGAGAGGAGAAGAGUGAUAGUGAUGCGACAAUAAAGGGGGAGGAGGAAGAAGAGAAAAGUGAUGAGGGUGCAGUACAGGGGGAGGAGAAAGAAGAGAAGAGUGAUAGUGAGGGGACAAGUGAUGGGGAGGAGAGCAAAGAGAGUGAUUCUGAGGCAAGCCUAGAGGAGGAGGGUGAGGAGACGAGUGCACAGAGUGAGGGGGAAGGAGAAGAAGGCGAAAGUGGUUCUGGGACAAGUGGAGAGGAGGAGGAGAAGAGUGAAGAAGAGUCCAGUGAUGAAGAGAGUUGGGAUGAAAAAAAAGAGGAAGAGGAGGAGAGCAAUUCGAGUGAGUAUGAAAAGGAGGAGAGUGGUGAUGAAUCAGGAAAUGAGGCUGAGAGCAAGAGUGAGGGAUCAGCAGAAGAGAAAGAAGAUAAACAAGCAGAAAAAGCAGAAAGUAAAGCCACUGAGAAAGGGAAGGAAGAGGCCCCAAUGGAGAAACCCAAACCACCGGCCUGCACCAAGCAGAGGACCACAGGGGGAAAACAGGCCAAUGGAACCCAAGAAUCCCAACAGUUCUGGAACAAUGUCUUACCCCAGUACCUGGAGCUGAAGUGA